AUGCGGCUCGAUAUCAAGAGACAGCUCUUUGCUCGCUCGGAGCGAGUGAAGGGUAUUGACUUUCACCCAACAGAGCCGUGGAUCCUGACUACACUGUACAGUGGACACGUCUACAUCUGGUCAUAUGAAACUCAGUCGAUCAUCAAAACGUUCGAAUUGACGGAUGUACCCGUCCGUGCUGGUCGUUUCAUCGCCCGAAAGAACUGGAUCGUGUGCGGUAGCGAUGAUUUCCAAUUGCGCGUUUAUAAUUACAACACGUCUGAAAAGAUUACAUCAUUCGAAGCCCAUCCCGACUACAUUCGAGCCAUUGUGGUUCACCCUACUCAGCCUUUCGUUCUAACGGCCUCAGAUGAUAUGACCAUCAGGUUAUGGGAUUGGGAAAAAGGAUGGAAAUGUGUACAGGUCUUCGAGGGUCACAGCCACUAUGUUAUGGGUCUUUCCAUCAACCCUAAGGACACAAAUACAUUUGCUUCUGCCUGUUUGGACCGGACAGUCAAGAUCUGGAAUCUUGGCUCAGGACAUGCAAACUUUACUCUCGAGGCACAUGAGUCGAAGGGUGUGAACAGCGUGGAUUACUAUGGACAAGCCGAUAAGCCGUAUAUCUUGACAACCUCUGAUGACAAAACCGUCAAAGUAUGGGACUACACUACCAAGGCAUUAAUCGCAACGUUGGAAGGACACACCAGCAAUGUUUCCUUUGCCUGCUACCAUCCAGAGCUCCCCGUCAUCAUUUCCGGAUCAGAGGAUGGAACAAUUAAAGUUUGGCAUGCCAACACAUAUAGAUUGGAACAGUCACUCAACUAUGGACUUGAGCGGGCUUGGUGUGUUAGUUACCAAAGGGGCCGACAGGGUGUUGCAGUCGGUUACGACGAUGGUGCUGUAGUGAUCAAGAUGGGCAGAGAAGAGCCAGCUGUCUCAAUGGACAACUCUGGAAAAAUCAUCUUUUCACGACACAGUGAAGUGGUCUCGACGGUCAUCAGAGGCGAUGAUUUGAAAGAUGGCGCCCCUCUUUCGUUGCCUACUAAGGAGCUGGGCUCGUGCGAAAUUUACCCCCAAACUCUCGCUCACUCGCCCAACGGUCGUUUCGUCUCUGUGUGCGGUGACGGCGAGUACAUUAUCUAUACAGCUCUGGCCUGGCGUAACAAGGCUUUCGGUCAAGCUCUGGACUUUGCCUGGGGCUCGAAAGACAACAGCAACGACUAUGCUAUUCGAGAAUCUGCCACAAGCGUGAAGAUUUUCAAGAAUUUUAAAGAGAAGAAAGAAGGACUGGAUGUCGGCUUCCAAGCCGAAGGCCUAUCCGGUGGCGUGCUUCUAGGUGUCAAGGGACAAGGGGGCAUUGGGUUGUUUGACUGGGAAACUGGUAACCUAGUUCGCCGUAUCGAAGUAGAGCCACGCGAGGUUUACUGGUCCGAAUCUGGCGAGCUUGUGGCUCUCGCCUGUGAGGAUACUUGCUAUAUCCUCCGCUUUUCAAGGGAGAACUAUGUCAACGGUUUGAACUCUGGGGAAGCCGACGAAGAUGGUGUUGAGUCUGCAUUCGAGGUAGUUACGGAUAUCAGCGAGACAGUUCGAACCGGUGAAUGGGUUGGCGAUUGUUUCAUUUACACAAACUCGACAAAUCGGUUGAACUACCUGGUUGGUGACCAAACAUACACCAUCUCUCACUUUGACCAGGCUCUGUACGUCCUUGGCUACCUGCCUCGAGACGGACGUAUCUACCUCGCCGAUAAGGAUGUCGAAGUUGUCUCUUUUGCGCUUUCUUUGUCAGUGGUAGAGUAUCAAACCUUGGUCCUCCGAGGUGAUAUGGAUUCGGCUGCAGAGCUGCUCCCCGACAUUCCACGUGAUCAACUGAACAAGAUUGCUCGAUUCCUCGAGGGCCAAGGAUUCAAAGAACUGGCUCUCGAAGUCUCCCCAGAUUCCGAGCACCGCUUCGAAUUGGCCCUAGCCCUCAGCCGUCUUGACAUUGCCCUUGAACUCGCGCGAGAGGCCGACGUCGAACAUAAAUGGAAGACAGUUGGUGACGCCGCACUGACUGCCUGGGACCUGAGUCUCGCCCAAGAGUGCUUUACGCAUGCCAAAGACUUCGGCUCCCUCCUCCUGCUCUACACCUCCAGCCGCAACACAGACGGACUCGCAUCCCUUGCCGAACAAGCUUCCAUCGCCGGCUUACACAACGUCGCCUUCUCUGCCUUAUGGACCAUUGGCAAUAUCGACGCCUGCCUUGACAUCUUAGUCCAAACCAACCGUCUCGCCGAAGCAGUCCUCUUUGCGCAAACAUACAAACCCUCCAAGACGCCCAAACUGGUCAUCCAAUGGAAAGAAUCGCUAGAGAAAUCCGGAAAACCAAAAGUUGCCCGUCUCAUCGGAGUGCCUCCCGGCGCUGAUGCUGAAGAAGGUGGUGAGGGCAUCAUUGUCGAUGACGACCUCUUCCCCGAAUGGGAUGAAUACCUUCGUCUGGAGAAAGAGGGUCCACCAGAACCGCCGUCUUCUGAAUCUUUGAUUGACGUUGAAGGAGAACAUGAAACUGCGGUCAAUGGAGGAGCGGAGGUUGAAGCUGAAGCUGAAGCUGUGGAUGAGGCUGAGGCGUAA